AAAAUGUGUUGCGAUGAUGUGGUUCAACAGAGGGCGCUCUCGUCAUUUUUAGAAACUCCAGCAAAAGUCCCGUCCUCCGACCCUGAUAUUUAUUUUGAUUUCGUUCACAGAUGAAGGUCCUGCACUGAGACAGAAACACAAUGGCAGAUGAAGACAUGGACAUGGACAAUGACAAAGAAGUGUCAAACCACAUGGACACUGAUGACAAGGGUCUCAACCACGGGAACGACAGAACUGCCGAAAGUGAGCUCACAGAAAAUGCGGCCAAACGUGCCGGACAGGGUGACAAACCGGGGCGCAAAGACGCUGAGGAAGUGGGUGAGAAUUGCACCGAAAACAGUGUGAUCCCGUCGGGAGAUGGUGCCAAACACACAGAGGGCGGGGGCUCGAAAGACGGAAUAAUCCCCGACGCUAAGAACGCUACCAAGUCGGAAGAUGUACACGUGGACAAAAUGGCGACUGGAGAUUCAAGUGAACGCGCAGAGGGAGAGGGUGUAGAGGAUGAAACAGCCAAGGGCGAGAAGCAGUCCAGCACAGAGGACGGCACGGCUGCAGACAAGGCUGGCAAAUCAACAGAGGGUGGAGACGCAGAAGAAAGAAUGACUACUGAUGACCCCAACAAUGCAGCUACCAAGAGCCCGGGCAAGUCGCUCAAACUGUUUUCGAAGGACCGGAAGUCGCGGCCUUCAAGACGAUCCUAUCGCCUGCGGAAUCUGGAGGCUGGGGAUGGUGAGCAGUCAGACAGCAGCGACGAAGACGAGAGACAUGACACGGACUCCGGCACACGGAGCCAGCGAUCGCACAGCGACAGCAGCGAGACGGAGUCGGACAUGGAGCGUGAGGUCAACGAGGAGCACGACGAGGACGGGGAGGAGGAUCCCGAAAACAAAACCGGCGGCACGGAGCUCUGCAGCGACCUGGAAGAUGAACUCCUCGCAAAGCUCCUGCCCAAGCCCACCUGGAGAGCCUUGCCCAUGCUGCGCUCUCGAGAGAUCGGCUCCCGGAAGGAGCAACUGAGCUUCUGCUCCAAGUCCAUCGGCAGCGUGCACAUGGUGUCACGUUUCGAGAAGUACUGCGAACUCAAGCACCACGACGGGUGCGUCAAUACACUGCACUUCAACCAGUCGGGACAACUCCUGGCAUCGGGGAGCGAUGACCUCAACAUUGUGCUCUGGGAUUGGGCCCGGCAGAAGACGACGCUGGUUUACCCCAGCGGCCACAGAAGUAAUGUUUUUCAGGCCAAGUUUAUGCCGUUCAGUGGAGACACGACCAUCGUCAGUUGUGCCAGGGACGGGCAGGUGCGCGUGGGUGAACUGUCCAGUACUGGAAUCUGCAAAGGGACAAAGAAACUGGUUCAACACAAGGAAGCUGCUCACAAGCUUGGUCUGGAGCCAGACUCUCCUGUUGUGUUUCUGACCUGUGGGGAGGAUGCAGUCGUCUACAACAUUGAUCUGCGCACUGCUAAAGCCAACAAGUUGCUGACCGUGAAGGAGGAGGUUCGCAAGAUCCCCCUCUACACCAUCUUCCUGAACCCCAUGAACACCCACGAAUUCUGCGUCGGCGGCCGCGACCACUUCGUGCGCAUCUACGACCGCAGAAAGCUGUCGCCGGAGAGCGAGAGCCCCGUCAAGAAGUUCUGCCCGCAUCACUUGAUGAGCAGCGAAACGAGGGCCAACGUCACUUGCUGCGUGUACUCCUACAAUGGCAGAGAAAUCUUGGCCAGCUACAACGAUGAGGACAUCUACCUGUUUGACAGCACGCACAGUGACGGUGCUGAGUUCAUCCACUGCUACAAAGGCCAUCGUAACAACCAGACUGUAAAAGGAGUCAAUUUCUACGGCCCCCAGAGCCAGUUCGUGGUCAGUGGCAGCGACUGCGGCAACAUCUUCCUGUGGGAGAAAACCACGGAGCGCAUCGUCCAGUACAUGCGGGGCGACGUCCAGGGUGUGGUCAACUGCCUGGAGUCACACCCGUCCAGCGCCGUGCUGGCCACCAGCGGGCUGGACCACGAUGUCAAGAUCUGGAUGCCCACUGCCAAGGAACCCUCGCUGCUGGAAGGACUGAAACGGACUAUGUACAGCAACCGGCGUGAGAGGGAGGAAGAGAAAAGCAGGGAACCAGAUAUGAUUGAUGGACACAUGCUGAUGUUCCUGAUGCACCACCUGAGACGUAGAGCUCGCAGACAGGCCAGAGAGGCCGGAGAAAUGGACAGCGACUCGUCCAGCUCCGACUCCGAUUCCAGCGAUGACGAGGACGGUGACGGAGGGCCCCCUCACGAACGCUCGCAGUGCGCCCCGUCCUAAGAAAUAUCACGCGAUAAAGGAUACAUAGUGUACAAGUACUGUUUGCGAGUACAACUACAUUGCCGUGAGUACAAGUACAAAUUAAGAAUUUACUCGCGUCGUUAGUAAGUAAUGAAGAUUUUUGUCACGCUGUGAGAAUGAGUACCAGUAAAUUUUACAAAAAAAAUGUACUUUUGUUGUGAACAGUGUCGUAGGCAAGUCCUUUUCUAAUAGGUCCGACGUGUCUGAGAAGUGUACUGAAAUUCAUGUAUAAGCUGGUAUAUUAGGAAUUAAACGAGACAGAGUGGUCCGA